AUUUAAAAUUCUCCUUGCUUCUACACCCCCACACCCCACCGCAAUGCAAUACAUGCGAUGACUAAAUCGCAAUCGAACUACGCCGUUUCUGGACAGGCAUUCGAUAUUUGGGGAUGACUUCCGCCUUCCCAACUAGGAUUCUGCGCUUCUGUCGAUUUUCUCGUGUUCGCUUUCACGCUACCAAAGUUGCGAGAAGCCCAGAGAAGCCUGUUCUCUGCGGCUCAUUUUUUUAUUAAAUUUAUUGUUGGGCUUUUUUCUAUCUUGUUUACGCGGCGCACCCGUCCAAUCACGAGGGCGCGGAGUCACGUGGCCCCCGACGUUUUCGCUCGCACCCAGCGAGCGAGCAAGCAAGCCCCCAGCGGGUCCGGCAGAGAUGCCAGAGUGGAGGCGAUCGGUGUGGCGGCCGCUUUGUCGGUGUGGCGCGCGCCACGGAAGUACUAAUUUUAAGUUUCCCAAGUGCAUUCAAACGACCAGCAGUGCGGGGUCGUGUUCGUAGAGUCGGUAGCAUGACUAUCAUCGUAUUUCUAGUGGACACAAGUGCCUCGAUGAACCAGCGGACUUACUUGGGCGCGAGGCUCUCCGUUUUGGACGUUGCAAAGGACGCAGUCGAGCGCUUCAUCAAGAUCCGACAACGGGACUCGGCGAGUCGGGGUGACAGGUACAUGCUGCUCACGUUCGAAGAGCCCCCGUCGAACAUCAAGGCGGGCUGGAAAGAGAACCACGCCACGUUCAUGGCGGAGCUGAAGAACCUCCAGGCCACGGGACUCACGACGCUAGGGCCCGCGCUGAAGAACGCCUUUGACCUGCUCAACAUCAAUCGCAUGCAGACGGGCAUCGACACGUACGGGCAGGGUCGCUGCCCGUUCUACCUGGAGCCCUCCAUCCUCGUAGUCAUCACGGACGGCAGUCGACUCAGCUCUUCGGCAGGAGUUCACGAUGAGCUGACGCUACCGAUGCACUCCGCCGUGCCGGGCUCGGAGCUCACCAAGGAGCCGUUCCGCUGGGACCAACGCAUGUUCGCGCUCGUGCUUCGAAUGGCCGGAACGCAGCCACCGCCGGCGCCGCAGGAAGCGACGCCGCUGGCGACGGACCCGUCGGCCAUCGACGACAUGUGCCAGGUGACCGGCGGUCGCUCCUUCUGCGUCACCUCGCACCGGGCCCUCGUGCAGAGCCUCGAAGCGCUCGUGCAGAAGGUACAGGGCGGCGUGGUCAUCAACUUCGAGAAGGUCGGCGCCGACCCUCCGGACGUGGAGAGCGCGGAACCCGGCUGGCAGAACUGCCGGCGGCUCAUCUACGUGCAGCGGUCGGCCCAGAAGGGGUACUCGGUGGGGCACUGGCCUAUUCCAGAGGCCUUCUGGCCGGACAUGAACUCCCCUUCGCUGCCGCCGCGCAGUGCACAUCCGAAUGUCCGCUUCAGCUGUGCCCACAGUGAUCCCAUGGUCAUCGACAAUCUGCCCUUUGACAAGUACGAGCUGGAACCUUCGCCCCUUACCCAGUUCAUCCUGGGACGCAAGCAACCCACGGUGGCGUGGCAGGUCUUCGUGGGCUCAAGUCACCGGUCAGGAGGGGAGCUGGGCCAUGCCUUUGGCUACCUCAAGGCCAGCACCAACCUGACGUGCGUCAACCUGUUUGUGCUGCCGUACAACUACCCCGUGCUCCUGCCCCUGCUCGAAGACCUCUUCAAGGUGCACCGGUGCAAGCCGACCAGGGAGUGGAAAGUGCAGUUUGAUGCAUACCUCAAGAACAUGCCCCUGUACUAUGCGGGUCCCUUGAAGCGGGCGCUGCAGCGCAUGGGGGCCCACAACCUGGUGCCGGACUCGAUGGAAAACUGUCUCAGCUACACGGUGCUCAAUUACCUCAAGCGCCUCAAGAAUCAGGCCAAGGCGGAGUAUGAAAAACUGGUGUCGGCAGUCGGAGGGAACAACAAGCCGGUUGGUGGCGCCCCCGACAAUGUGCGUGCGAGUCCGGGUGUGCCCCGGGCCUCAACGGGGGAGGUGGCAAAGCUGUCGGAGCUGCCUCUCAGCUGGAACCCUGCCCUGAGGGAACGGCUCCAGUGUCUGCGCCAGGAGCUCAAUGACUUUGCGGGGUUCGGGGUGGCUUUGGUCACGGCUCGGCCGACGGACGCGUUGCUGGCGGAUGCCUUGCGGAACCCCUUCGACAUCGGACGUUCGGCGCUGCUCGACCAAGUGGCGCGGAUGAGGGCACACUAUCUGCACGCAACACCGGGCGGCGUUCUGACAGCACGCCUUCACGACGCCGAGCAACUGCACAGCCUUCCCGUGAGCCAAAUGGGCAACUACCAGGAGUACCUCAAGCGCAUGCCAACGCCUCUGCGAGAAAUUGAGUCCACUCCUGUGAGGCAACACAUGUUUGGCAACCCCUUCAAGAUAGAGAAGCGCAUGAUGGUGGACGAGGCCGACCUGGACAUGGUGACGAGCCAGGCGCGGGGACACAAGCGGGCAGCCCCCGAGCCCCCCGGGGGGCCCCGGGCCAAGCGGCGGCCGGGGCCCCUGCCCAGGGACUUCGGACACCGGAGCCGCAGCCCCACGCCUCCCACCUCCCCCACGCCCAACGGACCCAGUCCGGACGGCCCUCAGAGUCCCGGUGCAGAGGCCAAGCCCACCAGGGCACCUCCACCCAUGGGAGAACCGGAGGAAGAGGCGAGCAAUGGCUGGGCUCCCGUGGAGCCUGACCGCGCUGCCCUGGGACCCUGGGAAGAGCGGAACGGCCAGCCGUCGGCAAUGCCACCCGAGCCUUGGCGCGACAACGGCUUGCUCCGAGGCUGCUUGCUCAAAGAGGUUCGCAGGCCUGGACGCAACUUUGAGCGCCUGUUUGAGCUGCUGGGCCUGGUGCAGGGGGGCCUGGAGACCCGGGUGUGCAUGGUGCGCCACGUGAUCCACGAGGCCGGACGCUUCAAGCGCCGCCUCCUCAUGCGCCUCCUGCGGGACUUUGAGCAGCGCCUGGUCGACGCCGCCGCAUUCCCCUCCGCCUAGGCCCCGCCCCCGACCCCCCGUCGGGGUGGGGCACACGGGCACAACACGCCAUGAGAGCGUUCGCUCACUGGAACGUCCACUCUCCAGAGCGUUAGUUUCCCGGACCUUGCGCUUUGCGAGCGUUCGCUCCGCGGGCACCCGCUCAGCGACAUUGGCUGUCAGCGACACUUCGCGGCGCAUGCGUUUGCGAGGACGUGCCUUUGCACGCCUGCCACUGGUUCGAUCGUCUGAUGCCUCACAGCAGGCAGACGGGCGAGCGAUGAUAACGCCGUUUCGGCGGGGCUACCCCGUGAAAAGAAGAGCGCUCUGCUCGGGGCCGCCCUGGGAGCGUGGUGGCCCCGAUCGGCGCAUGACGGCAUGGCAAACAAUAGAGAGAGGUGUUUUUAUUA